AGCUGAAGUUGCCAAUAGGAGUGUGGAAAUCUCACCUUAUCUAUCCUCCUCCACAACAUAUCAUCACACUUGUCAUGCCCUAUCCAUAAACCAAAUUAAAACCACCACAACCAAAUUAUUGCAAUCCAAAAUUUGUUGCCCUUUUUCAUUCUCAUCAAAAUAUUGCAGAUGGCAGCCAUGAACUCUAGUGUGCUUGCAUGCAGCUAUGCUAUAUCAGGCAGCGGAUCAUCGGAGCUUAGCCUCAACUCUAAGCUUGUUUCAGUGCCUGCCUUGGCUGCUAAAGUGCCAGUUAUCAGGGCUCAGAAUGUCAAAGCUUCUGAAUCAAGCGAGUCCGGUAGCCAAGGAAGGAGGGCAGCACUUCUUUGCCUUGGAGCUGCUCUUUUCGCCACGGCUACUUCUGCUAAUGCUGGCCCUAUUGAGGAUGCACUUGAGAGAUCGAAAACUAACAAGGAAUUGAAUGACAAGAAGAGAUUGGCAACAAGUGGAGCAAACUUCUACAGGGCAUUCACCGUGCAAUUUGGGUCAUGCAACUUCCCUUACAACUUCACUGGCUGCCAAGAUCUUGCCAGGCAAAAGAAAGUGCCUUUCAUUACCGACGACCUGGAGCUGGAGUGCAAAGGAAAGGAUAAAUACAAGUGUGGUUCCAAUGUCUUCUGGAAAUGGUGAAGCUUGCAUUUCCCUCUAGUCUCCAUCUCCAUCAUGUAUCUAAGUUUCAAUUGACAAGUAAUAAUAUAUUCGUUCUUUGAUCUUUAGAGGUCAUUUGGCAAUUCAA